UGUCUCUUUCAAAACUCAUUCAGAGCUAAAAAUCUUGACGACAAGUGUCUGUAACAUACUCAUGUGGUGGCUACCAUGGCGACAUCCGUAGCAGUACCGGUCCAGUCCACGGAGUCUGACCUGGACAGAGCUGGAAGUGAGGAGGAACCACGAAAUAAUGACACAGAGGAGGAGAAUACACAGCAACCUGGGCCCACGACAGGUCCACAGAACCGACUCGCCAAAUUACCGCUGUCACGUAUCAAAGCCCUAAUGAAGGCCGACCCGGAUGUCAGUCUGGCCAGUCAGGAAUCAGUAUUUAUCAUCGCUAAGGCAACGGAACUAUUUGUAGAAAUGAUAGCUAAGGACGCACUAGUGUAUGCACAGCAGGGCAAAAGGAAAACUCUACAAAGAAAAGAUUUGGAUAACGCUAUUGAAGCAAUAGACGAGUUUGCAUUUCUGGAAGGUACCCUGGACAACUGAAAACCAGCAAAUCAGACACAUCAGACCAGACCAGAGUCCUUGUAUAAGUCGAUAACACAACAGUUUGAUAACCCAACGUUUUAACCCG